AUGUCGUCAAAGAUCGAGCACCCAGGUCAUCCAAAGGAGAGCCUUCCCGUGACGCAGGCGGUCCCCGUCCUCGACCUCUUCAAGCUCGCCGGCGAGACCGCGCUGGUAACUGGAGCUGGACGGGGCAUCGGUGCCGCGAUCGCAACUGCACUCGCGCAAGCAGGAGCACACGUCCUACUUGCCCAGCGCGAUAUCAGCAACACGGCGACAUACGACUCAAUCGUCAGCCAGGGAUGCAAGGCGACGCUGGUGCAAGGUACUCUUUCGACUCCAGAGGAUUGCGAAGCUCUCUGGUCCUCCGCACUCGCUGCUUCCGACAACGGCAUCCAGAUCCUCGUAAACAACGCAGGCACUGGUGGCUGGUCCCUCGCCGUGGACGAAAAGCCGGAAAACUGGGACAACACCAUGAACGUUAACGUGAAUGCGUUGUUCCAUCUCUCUCGAUGCGCUGGUCGACACAUGAUCGAGGCCGGCAAGGGCGGCAGCAUCGUGAACGUGCUCAGCAUCCUCAGCUUCCUGGGCGGAUACGGCAUGAGCGCCUACGUCACGAGAGGCAGUACAUGGGCUGACAACAGGAACCUCCGUCAUGCUCAGGACAAGGAGCUGUACGAGGGUCGCAUCAAGAACAUCCCUGGUGGACGAUGGGCCGACCCUCUCGACUACGCCGGACCAGCGGUGUUCCUCGCUUCGAGCGCCAGCAACUACGUCACAGGCGAGGUACUCAUCGUCGAUGGGGGAGCGAUUGCAAAGGGCGCGAUCUAG